AUGGCUUUGGUGUCUUUCCAUCCAUUCAUCUCUCAGUUCUGCUACUGUAACUCAACCAAUAUCAUCACACGUAUUACCAUUCGUUCUAGUGCUGCUGUUCACAAAAACCUAAACAAAACAGCAGCUAAUAAUGUUGUUUUUGCUGAAUUCCAUCCACCAAGUUGUAGUGAUGAUCAACCUAUUAUUGGCACAACAAGCUUCUUCUCUUCAAAAUCAAGGCAGAGAGAGAGAGGGUUGUUGCUUGUGCCAUUGAAUGCCAAAAACUCUGGAUUACCAGGAGAUGAGGAGGAUCCGCGAGCUCUCGAAACAGUGCUCAAACUCUACACUGCCAUCAAGAACAAAAAUAUUCGCGAGUUGUCGGAGAUUAUAGGAGAUGAAUGCCAGUGUGUCUGCAACUUUUUCUCAAUUUUCCAACCCCUCCGAGGAAAGAAGCAAGUAUUGGAUUUUUUCUCAUAUCUAAUCCGAAACUUGGGGAAUAACAUUGAAUUUGUUGUAACACCGACAUUGCACGAUGGAAUGAAUGUCGGAAUUCAGUGGAGCUUAGAGUGGAAAAAAUCGCAUGUGCCUCUGGGAAAGGGCUUUAGCUUCCAUAUUUGUCAAAUCUACAGAGGCAAGGUGAUGUUAAGAAAUGUGGAGAUGUUCAUGGAACCACUCCUCCAUAUUGAACCCCUUAGACUGAAACUCAUGGGAAUUAUGACGGCUGUACUGGAUAAGAUUGGGUUCAAUGCAGUGUUCAAGGGCAAGGCAAACAGACUUGUGUUGGCUUUCCUCCUCCUGCUCAUCAAGGCCGCCAUUCUGAUUUUACUGAAACUCAUCUUGCAUUAAGCCACCAUCACCCACCCGAGGCGCAGGUGCUGCAGAGCAGACCUUGGUGGGUUUUGAUUUAAUGUACUAUUUUCAUACAAAUUAACAAUUUGCAAUUCCUUCUCCACUCCACCGUGUGAUG